AUGAAAAUAACACACGUCCUUGUAAAAUGAAAGCGGAAGUGACGAAAACUUCCGGAUUUUCCCUGUUUGGGGAGAGAAUGUCGAGCGGGUUGCUGUCAAAUGGUGUUGUUGUAGGAUCCCCUCCACGGAUUGGUUCACACGGACAUGCUCUGAGCUGGACAGAUGACCUUCCUGUGUGUCCACUCUCGGGGGUCGGGUUCUCGACCAAUCAGAUCUAUCGGGAGGAUGGCAUCAGGAGGGAGGAGCACGAGUUUGAAGACUGCAGCUUUCAUUUUAAAUUCAAAAUGCAUGACGAGGACUGUUAUCUGUACGGCGUGUUUGACGGACAUGAUGGAAGCAGGGCUGCUAACUUUGCUGCCCAGAGGAUGCCAGCAGAACUGUUGCUAGGGCAACUGUUGGAGAAAACAACGGAUGAGGAUAUUAAAGAUGUACUUAACCAAGCCUUUAUCGCUGUGGAAAAGAGUUUCUUUGAGUCCAUUGAUCAUAUAUUUGCUGAGAAGACAACAAUACAGUUACAACUGCCAGAGGGUAUAGGACACUAUGAGGCCCUGAACCAGUUUCCUGAUGUGAUGAAGAAACUUGAUGCCUUAGAGAGGGAAAUUACAGGGGGGACCACUGCCACUGUAGCUUUGGUCUAUAAGAGCAAGUUAUAUGUGGCCAAUGUCGGCGACACUCGGGCCUUGUUCUGUCAGACAGACGAAGGCGGAGUUUUCAAGGUCGCUCAGCUGUCUGUGGACCACUCAAUUUUCAAUGAGGAGGAGCUUAAUCGACUGUCUCAACUGGGCUUAGAUGUGGAACGAUUGAAACUGCACCGAAGAAUUGGAAGUUCUGACAGCACCCGGUGUAUAGGAGACUACCAUGUCAAAGGGGGCUACAUGGACAUAGAGAUUCUACAGAAUGCCACUCGGGAGCCAGUGAUAGCUGAUCCUUAUGUACAUGGAAGCAUUGAGAUAGGAAGUCGUCCAAGCUUUCUGAUCAUCAUGUCAGAUGGUCUCUAUCAGGCUCUACAGGCAGCCACAAACACAGACCGUGUGAAUAUUGACAUUGCUCGUAUGGUGGCAGCAGAAUUCUCCCAGCAAUCCACACUAAAUGGUGUAGCUCAAGCGGUAGUCGACAAAGUGGUACGAAUUCACCACGAUGCCUUCAUUGGAGGAACGCCUGAAAUGAAACAGAUUUGUCAGAAGCGGGGAGACAUCACCCUGUUAGUCAGAAACUUUAACUACCCUCUUGCCAAUGCAAUAAACAGCCCCACUGCAGGUGGUGCCUAUCACCCAGUGUCCGUGCCAUUCUACAGCCCCCGACCAAACCUGCCCCCCACCGUGACGAUACCGACACUCAGCACGGCAGAGAGAGUGGAGAACCACAGCGAGUCUGGGGCAUCCACCCCAGGGACCCCCACCCCAGCACAGACCCCGCCAAGAGAUACCCUCUCAUCCACUCUGGAAUCCACCUUUCAGGAUACCAACCAUACGUACACUAGUACGGAAUCUUCCACUCAGAGCAGUGGAGAAAUGAGGUUCCCCACCAGGUUUUACAACCCAAACAAGUUGGAACUGGACGAAAAUGGCAGAGUGGAAGCUUAUGUGGAUUUUUCAGAGUUUUACGAUGCAAUUAAAAAACUGACCGAUUCUCAGAUUGAAUCUCUGAAUGCAGAAACGAAGCCCAAAUCAGCAUACGAACCAAUCACAGAGGAAGUUGAUUCUCUGUCAGCACCCGAAAACUGAAGCAUCA